AUGUAAUACAUACAUAACGACGGGUCCUACGUAUACUGGUGUAACCCGCAAAACAGCAAAAUAAGUUUUUUUGCACCAAAAGCCUUAAAAAUAUCUUAACUUUACAUCCUGUAAAAAUUACGUUAAAUUAUCAAGUAAUUUCAAAGAUACAAACUGGUAAACUAACAUAAGUUACAUAAUUUUCAACCACACGACCAUCUACACUAAUGUAAGUCACUUGCACCAGUGUAGGUAGUCGCGUGCGCCGCGCCACGUCAGUCCAAGUGUCAUUCGCUUUAGUAUGCGCGCAGCGACGGAGUCGAGAGCACGUUAAACACUGAUAUAACUGCAAUGCGUGUCAGUUUCUGUAUUUAUUUGUUAAAAACUAAUUAAAUAUUGUUUGUGUUGAGAAAGUAAUGCUAAGAAGUUUCAACAAUGAAGCGCUCACGAGGUCAAGUAAUGUUAGAUUUAUUAGAAAAUAGGUAUAGUAAAAUAAACACUCGAGAAAAUUACGAAGAUCAGCCGACAGUACCAUCACGCGAAAUAUGUGAAGAAUUAGAUCAAACUUUGACAAUGUGUAUCGGGACUAAGGAACCGUCUGAUUUUAAUGAAACAAAUAGUUUCACAAAUGAAAGACUAAUAGAAAAGCCAGAUUCCCCCUUACCUCCGAGUGCAGAUUUUUUAGCUGAAGAAAUGUCAUUCAUCAAUAAGGUCGUAAGCUUAAGCGACCCAGAAGACAUGUUCGAGGAAACCCCUACAGUAGAAAAUUUAUAUCGAAAUUUAUCGAACAUGUCGUCCGACUCUGCCAAGUCCGCUGACGGCUAUACCGUCCAGGAGGUGAGUGUGAUCGUGCAUAACAACUAUAAAGAAGAUGAACCUCAAAUUCUACAUCCACGUCAAAAUCCUAUUUGUGAAUCAAGUUCAUUUAAACAAAAUAACCUUCCUGAUGAUCAAAUUGAAAGCUUAACACCAAUGCCUUCGCCAUUGCGUUCUUUUUCACCUAUUCGCCAACAACCUGAUGAUGAAUUUGAUAAUUUAAUAAAUUCGGAUUACACUGAUACACCUUUAAGUAGUCCCGCAAGUGUGCAAAGAAAACCCCAAAAAAAGAAAGAUAAAGGCAGAUUGCGAGAAAGAUUCCGAAAUAUGUGGUUUGAUGAAAAACGCAAGUUUAAUUUAAACAGAGGAUUAGAGUACAUGAGUCGAACGGGGAAAUUACAUCAGAAGAAAAAAAUAAAAAGCGCAUGUAAAUGUCCCAAAAAAUGUUUUGAUAAAAUUAAAGAAACUACAAGAUGCGCAAUAUUUAGAAACUUUUGGGAAAUAGGAGAUCAUACUCGACAGUGGGACUUUAUUGCCAAGUAUGUUUCAAAACUGGACAAGAAACGAGUUGUUACUGAAAAUUCCCAAAGAAAUUGCACUCUGCGAUAUUCAUUACCAGUGACAGGAAAUAGUGGUAGCAUUGAAAAGGUUUAUGUUUGUAAAGUCAUGUUCCUCAACACCUUAUCUAUAAGUUAUAAUUUCGUGAAAACGGCGUUGGACAAGUUUGAAAAAGGUUUCGGUGUGAUAGAAAAGGAUUGUAGAGGAAAACAUUCAAAUCAUCCAAUAAAGAUACCCAGGACUGCUAUAGAAAGUGUUUGCUCCCAUGUUAAGAUGUUUCAACCCGUUGAAUCUCACUAUACAAGAAAGGAAACAAGUAAGGUUUAUUUAGAUGGAUCAUUAAGUUUUUCACGAAUGUUUAAUUAUUAUAGAGAAUGGUGUAAUAAAGAAGCAAUUCCCGUAAAUUGCCAAGUUAAAACGCUAAGGCAAUAUAGAGAUAUUAUUAAUAAAAAUUUUAAUCUUUCUUUCCACAUUCCUAAAAAGGACAAAUGUGAAUUUUGUCAUGCAUUUGAAAAUUUACAAAAUCCUACGGAUGAACAAAUAUCAAAACACAAUGGGCAUUUAUCUGAAAAAGAGAGGGCUCGACAAUUAAAAGAGAUGAAUAAACAGUUGGCUAAGGAAGAUAAAACUGUAGUUGCUGUUACUUUCGACUUGCAAAAAACUCAAAAUUUACCACACGGAAACGUUAGUACUUUUUAUUAUAAAAGAAAAUUACACUUUCACAAUUUUACUCCAUUUGAUAUGGCUGAUUUGCAAGGUUAUUGUUAUUGUUGGGAUGAACAGACUGCUAAAAAAGGUGCCAAUGAAAUAGCCAGCUGUGUUUUCGAUUUUAUUCGUAUGAAGGUGCAGCAAGGCGUCAAAACUUUUAUAUUCUGGUCGGAUAAUUGUGGAGGUCAAAAUCGAAAUAGGAUCAUAUUCCUUAUGUAUAUGUAUUGCGCUUGGAAAUUUAACGUUAACAUAACUCAUAGGUUUCUUGUUGUUGGUCAUACGCAAAAUGAGGGUGACAGUAUCCACUCAGUGAUUGAGAGAAAGACCAGAAAUAUUUUAAUUUAUUCUCCAGAACAGUGGAUACUGGCUUUUAAAAUGGCGACAACUAAUGCCAAACCAUAUAUUGUUCGAGAAGUAACUCAAUCUUUCGUCUUUGAUUUUAAGUCUUGCCUUCCCUUUUUUGACAACUGGAAAACGAAUUCUAUGGGGGAACUUGUUAUGUGGAGUAAGGUUUGCGAAGUCAAUGUUCAAGCCAAAGAUUUAUUUAUGCUUAAUUAUAAGUAUGCGUUUGAAGAAGAAGCUUACAAAACUAUUCAAUGUUUGAGAAGUAAUACACGAGCCAGUAUACAAAAUGUUUCAAAAAAACUUAGCAGAUUAGAAGUUGCUUACAAGAGUUUGUUACCAAUAGACAAAAAAAAAUUUAAAGAUCUUCAAGAUCUUUGCAAGUCCAAUGUGAUUCCUGAGCGGUACCAUUCAUUUUACAAUAAUUUGAAGAUACGGACCGAUAAUACAGAAGAUGACUCUGACUAGCUUUAUAUUUUUGAAAAAACUUAGUUGUUUUUUUCAACAUGUUUUGUUGUGUUUUUCUUUUUUAUUAGGUUUUCUAUACCAUUAUUUACUGUGAUUAUCGUAAUAAUAAGUAGUACGAAAGACUGAUUAAGAAGUACAAACUAAAGUAUAAAUAAACAAUAUAAUUAACGUAAAUUCCUACGUAAUUUAAGAAGAUACUUAUUUUAGUUUUAUUAUUUUCAAAAUGAUGAGGCCAUUGAUUUUAUUUUUCAUUAUGAGUGCGGAGUGCCAUAAUAAUACGAGUAUUAACA